UGGCCUGGAGCUUCGAGCCGGGGCAUUUGCCAUGGCCCCACACUGGGCUGUCUGGCUGCUGGUAGUGGGGCUGUGGGGCCUGGGCAUUGGGGCUGAGAUGUGGUGGAACCUGGUGCCCCGGAAGACCGUAUCUUCUGGGGAGUUGGCCACAGUGGUGCGGCGGUUCUCCCAGACGGGCAUCCAGGACUUCCUGACGUUGACCCUGACUGAGCAGACGGGGCUUCUUUACGUGGGGGCCCGGGAAGCCCUGUUUGCCUUCAGCGUGGAGGCUCUGGAGCUGCAAGGAGCGGUCUCACCUGAGGCACCAGCUGAGAAGAAAGCCGAGUGUAUCCAGAAAGGGAAGAGCAACCAGACGGAGUGUUUCAACUUCAUCCGCUUCCUGCAGCCCUACAACGCCUCCCACCUGUACGUCUGUGGUACCUACGCCUUCCAGCCCAAGUGCACCUACAUCGACAUGCUCACCUUCACUUUGGAGCGUGGAGAAUUUGAGGAUGGGAAGGGGAAAUGUCCCUAUGACCCGGCCAAGGGCCACACUGGCCUCCUUGUGGACGGUGAGCUGUACUCGGCCACGCUCAACAACUUCCUAGGAACAGAGCCUGUAAUCCUGCGUAACAUGGGGCCUCACCACUCCAUGAAGACAGAGUACCUGGCCUUCUGGCUCAAUGAACCUCAUUUUGUAGGCUCUGCCUACAUCCCAGAGAGCGUGGGCAGCUUCACGGGGGACGAUGACAAGGUCUACUUCUUCUUCAGUGAGCGGGCAGUGGAGUAUGACUGCUACGCGGAACAGGUGGUGGCUCGUGUAGCCCGUGUCUGCAAGGGGGACAUGGGGGGUGCGCGGACCCUGCAGAGGAAGUGGACCACAUUCCUGAAGGCAAGGCUGGUGUGCUCGGCCCCUGACCGGCAGCUCUACUUCAACCAGCUGCAGGCCCUGCACACACUGCGUGACACCUCUUGGCACAACACCACCUUCUUCGGGGUUUUCCGGGCGCGGUGGGGCGAUGUGGACUUGUCAGCGGUCUGCGAGUACCAGCUGGAAGAGAUCCAGAGGGUAUUCGAGGGUCCCUACAAGGAGUACCGUGAGCAAGCCCAGAAGUGGGGCCGCUAUACCGACCCCGUACCCAGCCCACGGCCCGGCUCAUGCAUCAACAACUGGCACCGACGCCAUGGCUACACCAGUUCUCUGGAGCUGCCUGAUAACACCCUCAACUUCAUCAAGAAGCACCCACUGAUGGAGGAGCAGGUAGGGCCGCGGUGGGGCCGGCCCCUGCUUGUGAAGAAGGACACCAACUUCACCCACCUGGUGGCUGACAGGGUCACGGGGCUUGACGGAGCCACCUAUACAGUGCUGUUCAUUGGUACAGGAGACGGCUGGCUGCUCAAGGCCGUGAACCUGGGCCCCUGGGUCCACCUGAUCGAGGAGCUGCAGGUGUUUGACCAGGAGCCUGUGGAAAGCUUGGUCCUAUCCCGGAGCAAGAAGCUUCUCUUCGCAGGCUCCCGCUCUCAGCUGGUUCAGCUGCCCCUGGCCGACUGCGUGAAGUACCGCUCCUGCGCAGACUGCGUCCUCGCUCGGGACCCCUACUGUGCCUGGAGCGUCAACACCAGCCGCUGUGUGGCCGUGGAUGGCCCCUUCGGGUCCUCGCUGAUCCAGCACGUGACGGUCUCCGACACCUCAGGCAUUUGUAACCUCCGUGGCAAUAAAAAGGUCAGGCUCACACCCAAAAACAUCACCGUGGUGGCGGGCACGGACCUGGUGCUGCCCUGCCGCCUCUCUUCCAACUUGGCCCACGCCCGCUGGACCUUCGGGGGCCGGGACCUGCCUGCGGAACAGCCCGGCUCCUUCCUCUAUGACGCCCGCCUGCAGGCCCUGGUCGUGAUGGCUGCCCAGCCCCGCCACGCCGGGGCCUACCACUGCUUUUCGGAGGAGCAGGGGGCACGGCUGGCUGCCGAAGGCUACCUGGUGGCCGUGGUGGCGGGCCCGUCGGUGACCCUGGAGGCUCGGGCGCCCUUGGAAAACCUGGGGCUGGUGUGGCUGGCUGUGGUGGCCCUGGGGGCCGUGUGCCUGGUCCUGCUGCUGCUGGUUCUGUCGCUGCGCCGGCGGCUGCGGGAGGAGCUGGAGAAAGGUGCCAAGGCGGCGGAGAGGACCCUGGUGUACCCCCUGGAGCUGCCCAAGGAGCCCACCAGUCCCCCCUUCAGGCCCGGCCCGGAGACUGAUGAGAAACUCUGGGAUCCCGUCGGCUACUACUACUCGGACGGCUCCCUCAAGAUCGUGCCUGGACACGCGCGGUGCCAGCCCGGGGGCGGGCCCCCUUCCCCAGCUCCUGGCAUCCCCGGCCAGCCCCUGCCUUCUCCGACCCGGCUUCACCUGGGGGGUGGGCGGAACUCAAACGCCAAUGGCUACGUGCGCUUACAGCUGGGAGCGGAGGACCGCGGCGGGCUCGGGCACCCGCUGCCCGAGCUGGCAGACGAGCUGAGGCGCAAGCUGCAGCAGCGCCAGCAGCUGCCGGACUCCAAUCCCGAGGAGUCCUCCGUAUGAGGGGAUCCCCACCCCCCACCCCACCCCCCGCCUCACAGGGGCAGGGUGCGAGGCGCCGCUCCUCCUUUUGCACACGCACCAGCUACCUCAGGGACAUGGCGCGGGCACCGGCUCGGCCUGGGACAGAGCCUGGCCGGCACCCGCCCGGCCAUGAGGACCUGCUCUGCUCAGCACGGGCACUGCUCCCCAGGGCACCAGCCUCCCGGAAGGCCUCUUCCUCCUCUCUGUGAGGGGCUGUGAAUCACGGACACGUGGGACCCCAGCAGCCAAAACUUCCCAAGGCAGAAGUUGGAGAUGUGGGUGUGUUUGUAUCUAUACGUCUGUGUGUGCACGUGUGUGUGACCUAGUCUUUGUGUGUGUGUGUGUGUGUGUGUGUGAGAGAGAGAGAGGUCUUCCUUUUUCUGUCCGAGUCUUCCUUUGGCCUGGGGUCCUCCUGGUGAGUCAUUGGAGCUAUGAAGGGGAAGGGGUCGUAUCACUUUGCCUCUCCUACCCCCACCCAGUCCCCAGCGUGGGUCAGCA